GUUAGGCUCUUAUAAGGAUGGUGCAACAUGCAUCAAACUAUCGUAAGGCGUCAACAAACAAUUGAAGGCUGAAGGCUGCGGCUGUUGACCAAAGCCAGCUAUAUAAACUACCCCGUUGCCCAAGACCUGCAUCAGUUGCACAGUGACCAGAUCCUCUAAACAAUGAACUCCUUGCUAGUGGUAUUCUUCGUGGGCUGUUUGGCCGCCUACAGCCAAGCUUCCAUCCUGGGUCUAGGAGCCACCCUUAUCGGGCCCGCUAACCCUGGAGCCCUAGUUCAAGGUCCUUCUGCUCAAGCUGCCCUGGUGGGUCCUGAUGGUAGCAACAUUGUGGCUGCUGGACAAGCCGGCGCCAUCGCCGCAUCCCCCAUUCCUGGAGGUGUAGUAAGCGCUGCUGUAGCUCCAGGAGCUAUCGCUGUUGGCCAUGGCGGUCUCCUUGGAGGUGGGCUUCUUUUGGGUUGAUUUCGCACUGAUUAUUGAAUAAACGAAUUUUGAUUAUACUA